CUGGAGGUUUCUCAUAUAAACCAAAAGCCGAUCCACCUGAACCAGUAAAUGGUACUUUCAAUUCGGAAACAUUUGAGUACACGAUUAAAGAAACUAGCGGUGCCAUCUUUUUCAUCAGUGAUGUUCUCGAACGUUGUGAAAAUGGUAUGUUUGGAAUGGUUACCAUUGUUUCUGGAAGUCCAACAGCCAAUAGCAACGAUAGCUCUCCAACAUCACAGAAUGCUUUAUCAUCCAAUAGCCCUGGCGCUAGCAAUUCUAAAAGUACCGCCUCCACAACUUAUGCUAAUGCCUUCACUUUUGCC